UCUCGAACGCCGAUCACCAAUCGGAUCUUCUUCACCCUCCGCCAGGAUUUGACCGCGGAUCAUUUCAAGGUGAAACACGGCGCGACGAAGAUGCCGUCACAGAAUGAUCCAUUGACGUUGAUCGUCCCGUCGCGGACUCCUGCAGGAGUUGACAUCAAUCGACGCUCGUGGGGCAAGCUUCGUUGAAAUGCGGAGAUUCCGUCUCGUGCGAUUAAACCGCGGCCGACGAAGGCCGACGACGAGGAAAACGCGAUCAAUGAGAACGAGCACCGGAGCACGUCGAGCAACGCGCGUCACCUGUCACCACUAACAGCCCUAACAGGCGGGAAUUGCGCGCGACCGCGUCGUAAUCUUUUGUUAUAAAUAAUUCCGGUAAGUUCGUAAGUUGAUGGUUUUUGCGAUCGUAGAUCACCGUUUCUCACUGUUCUUUGGAACGCGAAUUUGGACACGAGACGAGCGUUGAUGCGUUUUGGAACUAAAAAUGGUUAGGCGAGGGGCGACGCGGGGGUGACAUGGUAUCACGUCAGCGAUUUCUGUGCUAUGUGAUUGGUGACGCCAUUUUGCGGUCUGAUCAAUGAAAACAGUUACGUGUUUAAUGGGAUUUCUACUUUUGAGGGGCACUACAUGUAUACACUCCCCGCCCUCGUCUUAUCUUCCGUAGUGCUCUGUGCCGUCUGGCAUUUGGCAUCUUGUUCUCUGUACGCAAGCGUACGUCUGUGUUGUCAGUUGUGUUAUAUUUGACGUUCAGGAAAAAGAGUCUGUUUGGGGCUGCCUACUUAUUCGGACGCUUUCCGUUAUAUUUUUGUGCCUGUCGAUUGCAAUCAGCCGCCGGAACGGCAAUUGUCGUUCUGAACUUUGAAAGCUAGAUUACAAUUUUGCUAUAUGGCCGAAUCGUCCCCGCCCUGACUAAUUACUGAGCCAAUAAAUAGGAAGCGAGUAAGCAAGAAACGUUCAGGAAACGAAGACUACGGGAAGUUGUUCGCAGCAUUGACGAGUUGGAGUCUUCGUAACAAAUAAGUUGUAAUGCCAACUGGCGGAGAACGCUCAUCUAUGUUUUGAGACAUGCCUCUUGGCGAUCUAGAGCUCGGUAUCUCCGUCCACGAUUCAAUUCAUGAUUCCAAAUAACUAAUAGGGUCCAACCAACUCUAGAGAUCUUACAAGAUCGUACGUCAUGAUGAUGUGCGCGUAGAGGUGCACCCUACUGUUUACGGAGCACACCUAACUUCCCGGUGCUUCCUGGGUUUACGUUACGUUUUUCGAAGAACCGCAGUACACUGGAGGGUUACGCGAUGACCACUGACAAGGUUACUCUAGGCGACGCUCUGUCCAACGUCGAUGUGCUGGAAGAGUUUACGUUGCCGGACGAGCAACCUUGCAUAGAGGCCCAGCCAUGCUCCGUCGUAUAUCAGGCCAAUUUCGAUACAAAUUUCGAGGAUAGAAAUGGCUUUGUGACGGGUAUCGCCAAAUAUAUAGAGGAAGCAACUGUACAUGCAAGUCUGAAUGAGUUGUUGGAGGAAGGCCUGGAACAUGCAGUCAUGUUGUAUACUUGGAGAUGUUGCUCACGUGCAAUUCCACAGCCAAAAUCUAAUGAACAGCCGAAUCGAGUGGAAAUUUAUGAGAAAACAGUAGAGGUGUUAGCACCUGAAGUGAACAAAUUGUUGAAUUUUAUGUAUUUUCAAAGAAAAGCCAUUGAGCGAUUUUCAGCAGAAGUCAAACGACUGUGUCAUCAUGAGAAAAGAAAAGAUUUUGUAUCAGAGGCAUACUUGCUGACCUUAGGAAAAUUCAUCAAUAUGUUUGCUGUACUGGACGAAUUGAAAAACAUGAAAUCUAGUGUAAAAAAUGACUAUUCCACAUACAGGAGAGCUGCACAGUUCCUCAAGGUGAUGUCAGAUUCUCAGACACUGCAAGAAUCCCAAAAUUUGUCUAUGUUUUUGGCAACACAAAAUAAAAUUCGUGAUACAGUUAAGGAAAAUCUUGAAAAGAUCGCUGGAUAUGAAGAAUUACUUGCGGACGUGGUUAAUAUUUGUGUUCAUAUGUUUGAAACUAAAAUGUACCUUACGCCUAACGAGAAGCACAUGCUAGUGAAAGUGAUGGGCUUUGGUUUAUUCCUGAUGGAUAGCGAAUUAUGUAAUAUCAAUAAGCUCGAUCAAAAGAAAAAAUUGAAACUGGAUAGAAUUGAUAGAAUCUUUAAGAACUUGGAAGUGGUACCGUUGUUCGGAGAUAUGCAAAUUGCACCGUUCAACUAUAUCAAACGUUCGAAGCACUUUGAUGCGUCAAAAUGGCCAUUGUCUUCAUCCUCGAAUAGCAUAAGUCCACAGGCUGAUCUUAUGGUACACCUUCCUCAGAUUAGAGAAGAUCACGUCAAAUAUAUCAGCGAAUUAGCAAGAUAUAGUAACGAAGUUAUGACGACGUACAAAGAAUGCCGAAGUGACACGGAAAAUCGGGACACCGCAGAACUUGCGUUACGUGGGUUACAGUUACUCUCGCAAUGGACUAGCGUUGUAACAGAACUGUACAGUUGGAAACUACUGCAUCCCACUGAUCAUCACAUGAAUAAAGAAUGUCCGCAAGAGGCUGAAGAAUACGAAAGAGCUACACGUUAUAAUUAUACUGACGAAGAAAAGUUUGCCCUCAUAGAAGUUAUAGCGAUGAUCAAGGGAUUGCAGGUAUUGAUGGCACGUAUAGAGACUGUUUUCAUUGAUGCAAUACGUAGGAAUAUAUAUGCCGAGUUGCAAGACUUUGUACAACUCGCAUUGCGUGAACCUUUAAGGAAAGCAAUCAAAAAUAAAAAAGAUUUGAUUCGAAGUAUAAUCGUUUCCGUUAGAGAAACUUGUGCAGAUUGGCAUUUCGGUGUGGAGCCCCUCGGAGAUCCCGCUUUAAAAGGCAAAAAAGAUCCGGAUAAUGGGUUUGGCAUUAAAGUCCCGCGAAGAAAUGUUGGUCCGUCUUCCACGCAAUUAUAUAUGGUGCGAACGAUGUUGGAGUCGUUAAUAGCUGACAAGAGUGGUGGGAAACGCACUCUGAGGAAAGACAUUGACGGCCAAUAUCUCGUUCAAAUCGAUCAGUUUCAUAAAACCAGUUUUUAUUGGAGUUAUCUUCUGAAUUUCAGUGAAUCUUUACAAAAUUGUUGCGACUUGUCGCAACUAUGGUACAGAGAAUUUUAUCUGGAAAUGACAAUGGGUAGGAAAAUACAGAAAUGCCAAGUACGUCACCAACAUAACGAAGAAUGCAGCGACCUAAUCACCAUGGAGAAACGCAUUCAGUUUCCCAUUGAAAUGUCUAUGCCAUGGAUAUUGACUGAUCACAUAUUGAGAAGCAAGGAACCAUCAAUGAUGGAAUACGUUUUGUAUCCUCUGGAUUUAUAUAACGAUAGCGCCUUAUACGCACUAACGAUAUUUCGUAAACAAUUUCUGUAUGAUGAAGUGGAAGCCGAAGUGAAUCUAUGUUUUGAUCAAUUCGUUUACAAACUUAGUGAACAAAUCUUUGCGCAUUAUAAGCAGCUAGCAGCCAGCAUCUUGCUAGAUAAACGAUUCAGAGUGGAAUGCGUGGCUCUCGGAGCAUAUUUACUUCCAUAUCCCCGUGCUAAUAGAUAUGAAACAUUAUUGAAACAGAGGCACGUUCAGCUACUGGGAAGAAGUAUUGACUUGAAUAAACUUAUAACGCAACGUAUUAAUGCAGACAUGCAAAAAUCAUUGGAUUUGGCCAUUAGCAAAUUCGAAUCCGGCGAUAUAACUGGAGUCGUGGAGCUAGAUGGAUUACUGCAAGUCAAUCGUCUUACUCAUAAGCUUUUAAGUAAAUGGCUUGCACUAGACGAGUACGAUGCUAUGUUCAGAGAAGCGAAUCACAAUGUUCUAGCCCCUUACGGAAGAAUCACCCUUCAUGUAUUCUGGGAAUUGAAUUACGACUUUUUGCCAAAUUAUUGUUACAAUGCUGCCACAAACAGAUUUGUCAAGUGUCGUGGCUUACAAUUUGUACAACCUGUUCAUCGAGAUAAACCACCGCAGAUGUCGCAUCACUAUCUUUGGGGUAGUAAGCAAUUAAAUCUGGCUUAUAGCACUCAAUACGGGCAAUAUACGGGAUUCGUUGGUCCGCAUCACUUUCGUACGAUAUGUAAGCUUCUCGGAUAUCAAGGGAUAGCUGUAGUUAUGGAGGAACUUUUGAAGAUCGUCAAGACCUUGAUUCAAGGAAGCCUGCAUCAAUUUACUAAGACCUUGAUGGAGGCCAUGCCUAAAGUCUGUAAGCUUCCACGAUACGAUUACGGAUCCCCCGGAGUUUUAGGAUAUUAUCACGCUCAGUUGAACGAUAUUGUGCAAUAUCCAGACGCUAAGACUGAAUUGUUUCAUAAUUUUCGCGAAUUCGGCAAUACAAUUCUAUUUUGUCUUUUAAUGGAACAAGCUCUAUCGCAAGAAGAAGUGUGUGAUUUGUUACACGCAGCACCGUUUCAGAAUAUUCUGCCUAGACCUUAUUGCAAAGAGGGAGAGAAACCUGAGACUAAGCAGAAACGAUUAGAAGCCAAAUAUGCGGCUUUACAAAUUGUUCCAAACGUAGAUAAAUUAGGUACCGCUAAGCAAGCAAUGAUUGCCAGAGAAGGAGAUCUGUUGACGCGCGAACGACUGUGCUGCGGUUUAUCGAUAUUCGAAGUUGUACUCAGCAGAUUACGGAGCUUCUUGGACGAUCCUAUUUGGGUCGGGCCACCACCGGCAAAUGGUGUAAUGAACGUGGAUGAAUGCACAGAAUUCCAUAGACUUUGGAGCGCGCUUCAAUUUGUAUACUGUAUUCCCGUUGGUGACACUGAAUUUACCGUGGAAGAGUUGUUUGGUGAAGGUUUGCAUUGGGCUGGAUGUGCUAUGAUCGUCCUUUUGGGCCAACAACGUAGGUUUGAGGCACUUGAUUUCUGCUAUCAUAUUCUUCGAGUGCAACGUGUGGAUGGCAAAGACGAGAAUGUUAAAGGAAUACAUUUGAAGAGGAUGGUGGAUCGGAUAAGGCGAUUUCAAGUAUUAAACUCGCAGAUAUUUGCUGUGCUGAAUAAAUUUUUAAAAAGCGGCGACAGCGAUGCAGCGAGCGUGGAACACGUGCGCUGUUUUCAGCCCCCGAUACAUCCUUCGCUGGCGCACGCGCAACAGCAUUAUCACGCACCUGAAUAUUUACGCCAAAUAAAUCAUCAAUAAGCGAUAACUGUGAAACAAUUAUGUUUUGCGUCUUCAUAAUUGCGUUACGAUGCAGUGUGAAUGGGACUAAAAAAAUGAAAUCAUUCCUUGUAGUAGGAAUAUUUCUAAAAUGAAAUAAAAUAUGAAAUUUCAUACUUUAUAUUACUCGUAUCAAAAUAUCAUUUAUACUACUUAAUUGCUAUAAAUGUUUACUAGAAAAUACGUUUUUUAUGACUACGAUUUAUGGAAUUACGAAAAAGAGACAAAUUUGAGAAUUUCAUCUAUUUCUAAAGCAUGCCAGGAUUUUAAUUAAUCUGUUUAAUGAUACGUAUACGUGAUGCGUAUGUCUAGAUGGACUUAUAUAAUACUAUUGCUUUAACAAUUUAUAAGAGAACAUAUGAAAAUAUCCUACAUAUAAUUAUAGUAAUCCACCAAUGUAGUAGAAUAUGUACGAUCUUAUAUUUUGUACGAUAUUCAAAGUUUAAUCAAAACCAAGUAUUAUAUAUGAAUAUUAUAUCACGUAUAAGUUUAUGUAGUGUUUAUGUAUUGAUGAUUAUGUAUAAAAUGCACACAUUUGGUAACACUA